AAGUCCGAUUCACACCCUUCCCCCACCCCGUCGAAUAGGAGCUUUCGCCAUGUCCCUUUCCCCUUUCUCUCUCCAGCCCCCAUCCAUCACGCAGUCCAUGAAAGCUGAAACCGAUGCCGAUGGAUGCCACACUCAAUAACCAGUCCUUGGUCAUUCAUUUGCUGGGACGCUGUAUAGGACCCAUGGAUUGAGAUAAAAAGAGUUCAUUGUGAGGGGGGAGAGGAGUAGAAGGAAGGAAAGGAAAGAGGGAUAGCAGAGCUUCUAGUUACGAUCGCCGUUCCCUUCUCUCCUCAAACUUUCUUCUUUGCCUCCGCCUCCGCUUUCCUCCUUUUACUACUGAACAGCGAAGAGGAGCCACACUGGAGCCACCGGCGAGGAUGGGUCGAGGAAAGAUCGAGAUCAAGAGGAUCGAGAACACGACCAACCGGCAGGUGACCUUCUGCAAGCGCCGCAACGGGCUCCUCAAGAAGGCCUACGAAUUGUCGGUUCUGUGCGACGCCGACGUCGCGCUCAUCGUCUUCUCCAGCCGCGGCCGUCUCUACGAGUACGCCACCAACAGUGUGAAGGCAACUAUCGAUAGGUACAAGAAGGCAUGCAAUGGUACCACCAACACUGGAUUUGCUUCGGAAGACAAUGCUCAGUACUACCAGCAAGAAGCAUCGAAACUCCGUCAGCAGAUCAACAACUUACAGAGUACGAACAGGAGCCUGAUGGGAGAGUCGCUCGGCUCCAUGAGCUUGCGGGACAUGAAGCAACUCGAGACUAGAUUGGAGAAAGGCAUAAACAAAAUCAGAAAUAAGAAGAACGAGCUGUUGUUUGCUGAAAUCGAGUACAUGCAGAAAAGGGAGAUGGAGCUGCAAAAUGACAACAUGUACCUGAGGAACAAGAUUGCUGAAAACGAGAGAGCACAACAGCAGAUGAGCAUGCUGCCUUCAGCGAGGACCACCGAAUACGAGAUCAUGCCUCCAUAUGAUUCCAGGAACUUUCUGCAAGUGAACGCAGUGCAGCCUACUCAACACUACACUCACCAGCAGCGGACCGCCCUCCAGCUGGGGUAUGGACCGACCUUCUCUUAGCUUCCUUCUCCUGACGCUCUCCCUCUCCCGUGUGAGGGAGGAGAACUCCUUGCACGAGAUGGGUGAUGUGUUCUUGUUGCCAUUUCUGUAGAUGAGUUGAUAAGAUGGAACCAUGGAUAUGCUUCUGCACAUCUAGUGCAACUUGGGUACUGCAGUGCAGCUAGUGCUAUAAAUCAAGUAGAAUGAUCUAAGCGAAAAUUAUGGCAACUAUUUGUUUGAUAUGGAGUCUUUUUAAGUGUGGGCAGACCAUUAGGUAGAUAGAUGCAAAGUCUCCACUACGUUGUAUGAUUUGCUAUAAUUAUCGACACUCGUGUGACAUGCAUGUCCUAUGUAUCUAAGACUUUUCAACUACUUGUUGUUCUGAUAUGGUGGGUUAAUUUAUUUGCAUUUAACUAGCUUGAU